AAUUACACAAGUUUCGUCUCCCCGGCUACUGCGCAUGCUCCAUCACGGAUCUAAGAUGGCGGCUGCUCUCAGGUUGGGCGCUUUGGCCGGCAGGAUUUUGGCCAAUAAUCAGACAUCAGGACUGAGUCAUGGAGUCAAGCCAUUGGCCGCAUCCAGAUCGUUCCACUUCACCAUAGAGGGGAGACGCAGCGAUGCACGAGUGUCACAGGGAGAUGCGGGGACAAAGAACUACCCUGUGGUGGACCACACGUAUGACGCGGUGGUGGUCGGAGCGGGCGGGGCGGGUCUACGAGCAGCGUUCGGUCUGGCGUCGGAAGGCUUCAAAACGGCCUGCAUCACCAAACUGUUCCCCACUAGAUCUCACACUGUGGCCGCACAGGGUGGUAUCAAUGCUGCUUUGGGGAACAUGGAACCAGACAACUGGAGAUGGCACAUGUAUGACACAGUAAAAGGCUCUGAUUGGUUAGGAGACCAGGAUGCCAUCCACUACAUGACAGAGGAGGCACCACAGGCUGUCAUUGAGUUGGAGAACAUGGGCAUGCCGUUCAGCCGUACAGAGGACGGGAAGAUUUACCAGCGAGCGUUCGGCGGACAGAGCUACGAUUACGGGAAGGGCGGACAGGCGCACAGGUGCUGCUGCGUCGCUGACCGCACGGGACACUCCCUCCUGCACACCCUGUAUGGACAGUCCCUGCGGUAUGACACCGAGUAUUUUGUGGAGUAUUUUGCGCUGGACCUGAUCAUGAAGAACGGGGAGUGUAUUGGAGUGGUGGCCAUCAACAUGGAGGACGGAACCAUCCACCGCUUUCAUGCCAAGAACACCGUCCUCGCUACCGGGGGUUACGGCCGAGCCUACUUCAGCUGCACAUCGGCGCACACGAACACGGGAGACGGAACCGCCAUGACGACACGCGCUGGACUGGCCAAUCAGGACAUGGAGUUUGUACAGUUCCACCCAACAGGUAUCUACGGCGCCGGUUGUCUGAUCACGGAGGGCUGUCGUGGGGAGGGCGGUUACCUCAUCAACAGCGAGGGUGAGCGGUUCAUGGAACGCUACGCUCCCACCGCCAAGGAUCUCGCCUCUCGUGACGUGGUGUCCCGCUCCAUGACCAUCGAAAUCAGAGAGGGCAGAGGUUGUGGUCCGGAGAAGGAUCAUGUUUACCUCCAGCUGCACCACCUUCCGCCGGAACAGCUCGCGGCGCGACUUCCCGGGAUCUCGGAGACCGCCAUGAUCUUCGCGGGCGUUGAUGUGACCCGUGAACCCAUCCCUGUCCUCCCCACUGUGCACUACAACAUGGGAGGGGUGCCCACCAACUACAAGGGACAGGUUGUCCAACACGAUGCGGAGCGGGGUGACUACAUCGUGCCGGGUCUGUACGCGUGCGGAGAAGCGGCCUGCGCCUCCGUGCACGGGGCUAACCGUCUGGGCGCUAACUCUCUCCUGGACCUGGUGGUGUUCGGACGUGCCUGCGCUCACACCAUCAGAGACGAGAACAAGCCUGGAGAGACCAUCGCUGAUAUGCCUAAGAAUGCAGGAGAGGAGUCUGUAGCAAACCUUGAUGCAGUCCGUUAUGCAAAUGGCAGCAUCCCAACAGCCGACCUCCGACUACAGAUGCAGAAGACCAUGCAGGCCCAUGCUGCAGUGUUCCGUACUGGUGAUGUUCUGAAGGAAGGAUGUGACAAAAUCAGCGCUCUGGUCAACAAGAUGGACGACAUCAAGACGUUUGAUCGCGGUAUCGUGUGGAACACGGACCUGAUCGAGACCCUAGAGCUCCAGAACCUGAUGCUGAACGCUGCACAGACCAUGUUCUCUGCCGAGAACAGGAAAGAGAGUCGCGGCGCGCACGCACGGGAAGACUUCAAGGAGCGUAUUGAUGAGUAUGACUACUCCAAACCUGUGGAGGGACAGACACCCAAGCCCAUGUCUGACCACUGGAGAAAACAUACUCUGUGUACAAUGGACGAUGGCAAAACUGUUGAGCUGUCCUAUAGACCAGUCAUCGAUGAGACAUUGAAUGAAAAGGACUGCAAGCAUGUUCCACCAGCUAUCCGCUCCUACUAGGAGUCUUCUUCUCUUUCUCAAAAAUUAGACAUUUAAAACCUGCUUUGCUAUUAUUAACACAUACUUAAACAUGAAUGCUAGCAAUAGUAAGGGGCAUUGUAAAAAGUGUUGAAGAUACAUGUAUGUAAAACUAGUUUGUUGAAAAUGAAUGAUACUUUGAGAUUGUACAUGUAGGAUCAGACGCUUUUGCAAGAUGGCAACAACAACAAACCUGGAGUGUGUGUGUGGGGUGGGGGGGGGGAACUGUUCUGCAACACACAUUGCCAAUUGCAAUGUAUUGAAAUGUUAAAACAUGCACUAACCAC